GCCCCGCCCCGGCCGGCCCGAAAUGGCGGCGGCGACCCUGACCCGUGAGGGUGGGGAAGAUGCGUUUCGUCGGCUCUUUCGCUUCUAUCGGCAGCGCGACGCGUCCGACCUGCGGGGCGUGGUGGACUUCUCUGCGCCGGGGGGCCAGGUGUUCAGAUCACAGCUCAGUAUUUCUUCAGUCAGUGAUCAAGAUGCUUACAGAGCAGGAUUACAGCCAGUUAGCCAGUGGAAAGCCUAUGGCCUCAGUGGGUAUCCAGGGUUUAUUUUCAUAGCAAACCCUUUCCUUCCUGGCUGCCAGCGUCACUGGGUGAAGCAGUGUCUCAAGCUGUACCCUGAGAAACCCAAUGUCUGCAACCUGCACCUGCACAUGGCUCCUGAGAAGACCACUGACCUGUGGGGACAGAGCAAAGAGCAGCUGAGAAGGAAAGGUUCCAGUAAAAGGGAGCCCAGGAGCCUCUUGGAGAAGCUGCGCUGGGUGACCCUUGGUUACCAUUAUAACUGGGAUACUAAGAAGUACUCAGCAAAUCACCACACUCCUUUCCCCUCAGACCUUGCAUUCCUAUCAGAGCAAGUGGCUGCAGCCUGUGGGUUUCGGGGUUUCCAGGCCCAAGCAGGGAUCUUGAACUACUAUCAUUUUGACUCUUCCCUGGGAAUUCAUGUGGAUGAGUCUGAGCUUGACCAUUCUCGGCCCCUGUUAUCAUUCAGCUUUGGGCAAUCCUCAAUAUUUCUGCUGGGGGGCCUGAAGCGGGAGGAGGCGCCGACAGCGAUGUUGAUGCACAGCGGGGAUAUCAUGGUGAUGUCCGGCUUCAGCCGCCUGCUGUACCACGCUGUGCCCCGGGUCCUGCCCAACCCCGAGGGGACAGCUCUGCCUUCCUGCCUCCACCAAGCUCUUCCUUCAGACCUUCCUGCUGGCUCAGUCCUUGAGCACAGCUCUGAUGAGGACUGGCAGGUGUGUGCCAAGUACCUGCAGUCCUCCCGCAUCAACAUGACUAUUCGACAGGUGUUGGCUGAGGGCCAGAAAUUUCCAGAGGAAUCUGGGACAAAUGGAAAGGGCCAAGCACCCUCUGAAGACAGUUAUCAUGAGAACAGCAAAGCCAAAAGACACAAACCAAACAGAGUCAGCUGAGACCAGGCCAUCAUACUGACAUGGACCAGACAGGCAAUCUCCAUAUGGAAAUAGGAACUGGCUUAAUACUGGAAGUACUUGUCUGUAUUGUGGUUAAUAAACUUGUGCAGAAUAAAUGUAGUCCUUCUUGCUGUAAUAAAUAGGUAGGAGGAGAAAAAGAAUGUCAGAGGAAAAGAAGGAUAAGUUCGGGACUGGGACUCAGGAGAUUAACUCUAUUGGCAUUUUGUUGCAAAUGUUUACUGUAUUCUGUUUCCUUUAAAAUUCCUGUAUGUCAAAGAACUUUAAGCUUGGUUAAGCUUGAAUGGUUUAAGCUUUCAGUGAAGCUUGGUUUAAGCUUUAGGAGUGAUGCUUAUAAAGUAUUUUGAAAUCAGUGGGCAGAGAGCGUUAGCAGAAGAUACAUAAUUGCAAUGUGAUAGAGCAUCCUGUUGGGCUUGUAAAGCUCAGCUGAAGCAAAGUAACAAGUAUGGAUGAGAAUCGGCUGCUAUGGGUGUAAGACCUACCUGCAGCAUUUUCAAGGUAAUUACUUCUACAGCAAAAAUGGGUUCAGUGGUCAGAAACUGGCAGCUCCCUCAAGCAACACCUGCUGUAAGCUUUUGUAGUCCUGUGCUCUCCUUUUGCCUGCUUGCAUCCCCUCAGCUGCAGCAGAAUCUGCUUUUCUGAAUGGUACUGAACAUCUUAUCUCAGAUUUUAGAGAGAAACAGUUGGGAGCAAUAUCUAUUUAGAAUAUCUAGUAGCUCCCAACUGGGUCUCCUCCAUAUGUGACUGAGCCCAACAUCGCCGUUCUUUCAAAACUGCCCUCUCCUAAGUGCCUGUGUGUUACAGUUCUCCAGUCCCAAGCUAGCAUUUAUAAGGAGCAGGAUGACUUGCAAAUAAAAGCAUUGAAGCUGUAAAUUAAGUACCUAAAAAAUUAAUCAGUGACUAUCUCUGUCACCCAAAGAUAAAUAUAUUGAAACAAAGAAAAGCACUAGCUCUUGUGCUAGUUCUUUUUAAGAUUCAGACCAUCCUAUCUACUUUUUAAUGCAGUUUUAAUUGUUGGAGUGGAAUGUGCUAUCCCUGGGGUAUUUUGUUGCACUUUGACAAUGAAUAAACUUACUUGGUUUUAAAUUAAAGAUCUCUAUCAGUUUU